UGUGAAGCUAGAGGCGGUUAGGAAAAGGUACAACAGCCCACAUGUAAAAGGCUGCGCGCCACAUCACCCUAGCACAGCUCGUCACCUCCCUCCCUGCGCCGUCCAAAUCACUCCAUGGGUUUCACCUGCACCACUGCACCAGUCAGUCACCAUGGGCAUGGCUGCCUAUGGGGAGGAAAGGAAGGAAGAAGCAAGCCAUGGUCAUCCAUAUAAAGGACGGACGGACGAGACCAAGUAUAAUCACUCACACCUAGGCAGGCCAGGAGGGACCUAUCUGAUUGAAUCACAGCACACGCAGGCCAUGGCCAUGGCGCCGCAGGGUCAGGAGCAGCACCACGAGCACGAGCAGCCGCAUGGCCAGCGCCCGGUGCCCACCACCCGCCCCGCCGCGCCUGGCCGCACCAUCGCCACCAACCGCUGGGGCCCCUACUCGGGCGCCGGCGACUUCGCCAGCAACAUGGCCGUCAUCCUCGCCGCCCUGCUCGCCGCGCUGGCGCUCGCCCUCGCGCUCAACGCCGCCGUGCGCUACCUGCUCCGGCGCGGCCGCCGAGCCCGGCGCGCUGCUGCUGCCGGCGGCGCGGCGGGGGCGCACGAGGACCCGGAGAAGGCGGCCGUGGAGGCGCCCCCGCCGCCGCCGGCCCUGGUGUACUCGGCGGCCGGGACGAAGCUGGCGGGCGCCGCGGCGGAGUGCGCCAUCUGCCUGGCGGAGUUCGCGGACGGGGACGCCGUGCGCGUGAUGCCGGCGUGCGGCCACGGCUUCCACGCGCGCUGCAUCGAGCGCUGGCUCGCGGGGGGACGCCGCUCGUCCUGCCCCACGUGCCGCGCGCCGCUGGCCGCCACCGCCGAGAUCGGAGCCACCACGGCCCAGGCCGAGGCCGCCGCGUCGCCGUCAUCUUGAGACUCCCAUCCAUGGCUUGCUUGAAUUUACUUUGGUAGCAACUUGGCGACCCUGUUCCUGUUGUAAUGUUCUUGGCAGGCGUUGCUUCUUCUUUCUUUCGUUUUUCCAUUUUGCUAGUAUAUAAGUAUGUAAAUAUUUGUCUCAGCAGAUCAUUCAGAGGAGAGUAGAGCAGAGAAGGUAAUUGAAGUGGAUGGAUGAUGAUUUCGUUUGAUGCCUUGUGAAUGCUUGGUGUUUUUUGAUU